AAAAAAAAAAAAAGGAAAAAAAGAAGGGAAAGAAAAGAAGAGAACCCCUCAUCUGGCUCCAGGAAACAAGCUUCAACCCAUUGCACACACCGGAGAGAAGGGGUUUCCCCCUGCCCGCCCGCCCGCCCCCCAACUACCUCCCCGCUCCUGCCAGUGUCUGCCUCUCUGCCCCCACGGGGGUUUAUUUGAUCUCACAUUAACCAAGGAGGAGAAUGUGAGAAAAGGGGGAAAAUGCCCAGGAGGAAGCAGGAGCAGCCCAAGCGCCUUCCCUCACAUGUUAGUAGGCUGGAAGAGGCUGAGGGAGAGCUCAGUGAAGGAGAGCACUGGUAUGGAAACUCUUCAGAGACUCCGUCAGAAGCAUCCUAUGGAGAAGUCCAGGAGAACUAUAAGUUGUCUCUGGAGGACCGGAUCCAGGAGCAGUCCACUUCCCCUGACACCUCCUUGGGAAGUGCGACCCCCAGCAGUCACACCUUGGAGCUGGUGGGACUUGACGGUGAGGUCCUGCGAGACUCGCUGCAGUGUCAAGACCACCUCUCCCCUGGCGUGUCUUCUUUGUGUGAAGAUGACCCCCCAGGCUCCACGAAGCCCUUGAGCAGCAACCUGAGGCGGCUGCUGGAGGCCGGCUCCCUCAAACUCGAUGCCACAGCCACGGCCAAUGGCAGGGUGGAGUCCCCGGUAAACGUGGGCUCGAAUCUCUCCUUUUCCCCACCGUCCCACCAUGCCCAGCAGCUCAGUGUUCUUGCCAGGAAGUUGGCUGAGAAGCAGGAACAGAAUGACCAGUACGCUCCAAGUAACCGUUUUAUAUGGAAUCAAGGUAAGUGGUUGUCCAACUCAACCACCACCUGUGGCCUGUCCCCGGAUUCAGCCAUCCUCAAACUGAAAGCUGCAGCCAAUGCUGUUCUGCAGGACAAAUCUCUCACCAGGACUGAGGAGACCAUGCGAUUUGAGUCCUUUUCCUCCCCUUUUAGCUCGCAGUCUGCCAGUUCCACCUUGGCAGCCUUAUCCAAGAAAGUCAGCGAGAGAAGCUUGACUCCUGGUCAGGAGCACCCACCUCCGGCCUGCUCUUUCCUUUCCCUGGCUUCCAUGACCUCCUCGGCCGCCCUCCUGAAAGAGGUAGCAGCAAGGGCUGCUGGGAGUCUUCUGGCUGAGAAAUCGUCACUGGUGCCUGAGGACCCUCUACCACCACCGCCUUCGGAGAAGAAGCAAGAAAAGGUCACCCCGCCGCCUCCGCCGCCCCCGCCACCUCCCCCUCCACCGCCACAGUCCUUGGAAUUAUUGUUACUCCCAGUUCCUAAGGGAAGAGUUUCUAAACCCUCCAAUUCAGCUUCAGAAGAGGAAAGCGGAAAGCCUUUCCAGUGUCCGAUAUGUGGUUUGGUUAUCAAAAGGAAGAGUUACUGGAAGCGGCACAUGGUGAUUCACACAGGUUUAAAAAGUCAUCAGUGUCCUCUCUGUCCAUUCCGCUGUGCUCGCAAGGACAAUCUCAAAUCCCACAUGAAGGUUCAUCAGCACCAGGACCGGGGAGAGACCUUUCAGUGCCAGCUUUGCCCUUUCACUUCCUCACGCCACUUCAGCCUGAAACUCCACAUGCGUUGCCAUCAGCAUUUCCUGAGGACAGAAGCCAAGGUGAAGGAGGAGAUCCCAGACCCAGAUGUCAAGGGAUCUCCCCACCUCAGUGACAGUGCCUGCCUGGGGCAGCAAAGGGAAGGAGGAGGGACAGAGCUAGUGGGGACCAUGAUGACGUCCAACACUCCAGAGAGGACUAGCCAGGGUGGGGCUGGCGUCUCGCCUUUGCUGGUGAAGGAGGAACCCAAGGAAGAUAACGGCCUGCCAACCUCCUUUACUCUGAAUGCUGCCGACAGGCCAGCCAACCACACAAAGCUGAAAGACCCCUCCGAGUAUGUGGCCAACAGUGCGUCAGCAUUGUUCAGCCAGGACAUCUCUGUUAAGAUGGCGUCUGAUUUUCUCAUGAAGCUGUCAGCUGCAAAUCAGAAGGAGCCCAUGAAUCUUAAUUUUAAAGUGAAAGAGGAGCCCAAGGAAGAGGAGGCCUUAAGUGCCACUUUGCCUCGGUCCAGCUAUGUGUUCAGCCCGGAAUCGGAAGUGCCAGCCCCAAGCAUCUCUGAGGACACCCUUAAGCCCCAGGAAGGGAAGGGGAAUGUGCUAAGGCGGGAUAUGUCUGUCAAAGCAGCGUCUGAACUUCUCAUGAAACUAUCAGCGGAGAGCUACAAGGAAACUCAGAUGGUGAAGAUUAAAGAGGAGCCCAUGGAGGUUGACAUCCAGGACUCGCAUGUCUCGGUAUCACCCAGCCGGAAUGUUGGCUAUAGCACUUUAAUCGGGCGAGAGAAAACCGAACCCUUACAGAAGAUGCCAGAGGGCAGAGUGCCCCCAGAGAGAAACCUCUUCAGUCAGGAUAUCUCUGUGAAGAUGGCUUCCGAGCUUCUCUUUCAACUGUCAGAAAAAGUGAGCAAAGAGCACAAUCACACAAAAGAAAACACCAUUCGGACAACCACCAGCCCUUUCUUUUCAGAAGAUACAUUUAGACAAUCACCAUUCACCUCUAAUUCAAAAGACCUGCUACCCAGUGAAUCUGUGCUUCAUGGAAGAAUAUCAACGCCAGACACAGACAAGAUAGUACUAGAGGCAGGAAACGGAUUGCCAUCCUGGAAAUUCAAUGACCAGCUUUUCCCGUGUGACGUGUGUGGGAAAGUGUUUGGCCGACAGCAGACGUUGUCCCGACAUCUCUCGCUGCACACAGAGGAAAGAAAAUACAAAUGCCACUUGUGCCCGUACGCGGCCAAGUGUCGUGCGAACCUGAACCAGCACCUGACCGUCCACUCGGUGAAGCUGGUGAGCACGGACACGGAGGACAUCGUCAGCGCCGUCACCUCUGAAGGCAGUGAUGGGAAGAAGCACCCUUAUUAUUACAGCUGUCAUGUGUGUGGAUUUGAGACCGAGCUCAAUGUCCAGUUUGUCAGCCACAUGUCACUCCACGUGGACAAGGAGCAGUGGAUGUUUUCCAUCUGCUGCACCGCCUGUGACUUUGUCACCAUGGAGGAAGCAGAGAUAAAGGCUCACAUUGGCACCAAGCACACAGGAGAAGACAGGAAGACCCCCAGUGAAUCAAACAGCCCCUCUUCCUCCUCCCUCUCAGCUCUGAGUGAUUCGGCCAACAGCAAAGACGAUUCAGACAGCUCUCAGAAAAACAAGAGUGGGAAUAACCUGCUGGUCAUCUCUGUCGUGCCUGGGAGUCAGCCCUCAGUGAACAGUGAGGAAAAGCCAGAGAAAGGGUUCGAAUGCGUUUUUUGCAACUUCGUCUGCAAGACGAAGAACAUGUUCGAGCGCCAUCUGCAGAUACACCUCAUCACCCGGAUGUUUGAGUGUGACGUGUGCCACAAGUUCAUGAAGACACCUGAACAGCUGCUGGAGCAUAAGAAAUGCCACACUGUCCCCACCGGUGGGCUCAACUCAGGACAGUGGUGAGUUUCAGACUCCUCUAGGUGCCCGUUCUGCAUUUAUUCCACCAACCGCCCCGCUGCCAUGGAGUGCCACCUCAAGACCCACUACAAGAUGGAGUACAAGUGCCGGAUCUGCCAGACGGUGAAGGCCAACCAGCUGGAGCUGGAGACGCACACCCGGGAGCAUCGCCUCGGCAACCACUACAAGUGCGACCAGUGCGGCUACCUGUCCAAGACCGCCAACAAGCUCAUCGAGCACGUGCGCGUCCACACCGGCGAGAGGCCCUUCCACUGUGACCAGUGCAGCUACAGCUGCAAGCGCAAGGACAAUCUCAACCUGCACAAGAAGCUGAAGCACGCGCCCCGCCAGACCUUCAGCUGCGAAGAGUGCCUGUUCAAGACCACACACCCUUUCGUCUUCAGCCGCCACGUCAAGAAGCACCAGAGUGGGGACUGUCCCGAGGAGGACAGGAAGGGCCUGGGCCCAGCGACCCCCAAGGAGCCAGCCGGCCCCGGGGCCCCGCUCCUCGUCGUCGGGAGCCCCCGGAAUCUCCUGUCGCCCCUGUCGGUCAUGUCCGCCUCCCAGGCUCUGCAGACCGUGGCCCUGUCGGCCGCGCACGGCAGCAGCUCCGAGCCCAACCUGGCACUCAAGGCUCUGGCCCUCAACGGCUCCCCUUUGCGCUUUGACAAGUACCGGAACUCGGAUUUUGCCCAUCUCAUUCCCUUGACAAUGUUGUACCCCAAGAACCACUUGGAUCUCACAUUCCACCCUCCCCGACCUCAGACUGCGCCUCCCAGCAUCCCGUCACCCAAACACUCCUUCCUCGCCUAUCUCGGACUAAGAGAACGAGCAGAGACUGUCUGAGGGCAGCCGUGUUCUGUACCAAAAACAAAGAGACAAAGACAAAAAACAAAAACAAAAACAAACAAAACCCCACAAAACUUAAACACAACCCCAGCAGGUGUACGUUGCUGCAAAACCUACAGACCCCCGGGGUCUGAACACGUGUACUGUAUAUCUUUAGUAAGGAAUAGAGAAUUGGCUCUGUGUGUAUACCUAUUGCAUUGACCUGAAAGCUGCUUUAUCCAAUCUUCAGAGAGGUGACCUACUGCAUACUUCUACCUUCAGAGGCAUGCCUCCCCACCACCCACUCCCACUCUCAGCCUUCUCCGUACUUUUAUCUGAAAGGAAUUUUGUCUUGUUAAACCCUGAAGAGAGUGUCCUUAACAGCAAUCAGCACUUGUACGCUUAUAGACGGGCGCAUUUUGUUUUCUGUUGGGUGAAUGGGCCGUGUGGGUGCUGUGGAUUCUGGAAGAGAAAGCCGUGUGCCACGCCAUUUCUGUUGCACAUUUCUUCGUGCUGGCUUCUUUAACAGCGAUGAACAUUCUUUUCCCUCCCGGGUUGUUCAUCCAUGACAGUCUCUCCCCGAGCUCCUUCAUCACCUUUCCCUCUCUCUUUUAUGGCUACAGAGUGGUAGGGCCUGGUGCUUAAGUCGAUGAAGGACUGGUAGACACCCACAGUGCUGCUUGAGAUUUCCGGCCAGGUGGUCAGAUCUUCUCGUUCUGCUCAGAUCUUCUUGGUUAUGAAGAUGCGAGAACCGAGAGUCCACUCUGGAAGAAAUCUCUCACAGCACUGCAGCCAAUAUAAAACUUAAGUGUGUUUUGUGUGUGUGUCCAUACGUAUACAAUGUGUAUGGUGCACACAGUGCAUCAUUUUUUUAAGGGCAGAUUAUAUAUAUAUGUGUGUGUAUACAUGUACACACACAUAUAUAUAUAUGAUGUAUUAAUUCAGUGGUUACCAUUCAUUUGCAGGAAAAGAAAUUGUAUGAGUGAAAAAUUUUAUGGUUGAUAAAUCCAGCCAAGGAGAUUAAAGGGGUUUGGAUAAAUUCUGGGUAUAAAUGCUCAGACUAAAAAAAAAAAAAAAAAGAAAAAAAAAAGAAACGGCAGUUUUGCACAGUGCUUUGGUCUUGCACUAGUUUUUGUUUCUCAUCUGCAAAAAAAAAAAAAAGAAAAAAAAAAGAAACGGCAGUUUUGCACAGUGCUUUGGUCUUGCACUAGUUUUUGUUUCUCAUCUGCAAAAAAAAAAAAAGUAAAAUAAAAGGAAGAAAAUGUACCUUUUCUAUGGAAUGAGUAGACUGUAUGUUUGAAAAUUUUGUCACAACCUCUUUGACAUAUAACGACCCAACAAAAAGGUGCUGUUUAGUCCUACGGUUCAGUUCAUGCCCCUGAGAAGUUUCCCUUGUGUUUGCAGAUCGUCUGGCUAUAGUGGUAUUCUCCAUGUUAUUAAUAAUUCUGUAUUCCAUUUUGUUAACGCCUGGUAGAUAUAACCUGCUAGGAGGCUAACUUUUUACUUAUUUAUGGCUUUUAUUUUGUGGUCAUUAAAAUGGCAACUUAUGUGCAGCACUUUAUUGCAGCAAGAAGCAGAUGUGGAUUGGUUGCAUAGCCCUUUGCGAAUCUUAAAAAAGUAAUGGGUGAUUUAAAAAAGAAAAGGAAAAGAAAUCUUUGGCCGAGUAUCUUAAUUGCUUGUAUUUGUAAGACAACAGAAUUUCCAGUAUGAAAACAAGCUGAAAGGGCAGGAAGAAAUGUGCUUUGUAUAAUAAUGGAACGUUUGGAAUAUAAAAGUCUAUAUAUUAUUUAUCUAUUGAAGAACUGGUGUACAAGAGGAAUGCUUUCUUACUGCAUUGCUGUUUUCCAUCAUGUGUUAUCCUAGAGUGGGGAUUUUUCUUUUCAUCUGUUUCACCAGGGGAAAAUAAAAGCAUCCCUGAUUUUCUUCCUCUAGUCAGUUUGCUUCACUGAAAGCCCCCUCGAACUUGGUACAGUUCUCACAGGAAGCCAGAAGACUGUACCGUCGGUCCACACCAUGGACUCCCCCACCCCCAUACCCACCCUUCUUCCCCCAGACCUAGCACGUGUGCUACACUUCCCUUUGCCAGUCCUCCAGCCCUGGCAAACCUGUUUACACUAAGGAGAUGUCCCCAGGGGCAGGGAGGCUGAGCCAGCUAGGGCAGGAAGCCCCCCGAACCCUCGGUCAUCCUCCAGCAGAGACAUUUGUUCUUGGCUAUGUUAGAAGCGUCGUUCAACCUCGCCACGUCAAUGUCUCGAUAAAAGACACUAUAGACAGUUAUGGACAAUACACUCCAAGAAUACUGGGCGCAUGGGUGGGUUGGUUUUUUUUAAAAAGUCCUGUCUUUAUCCCCAUAUAAUGGAGAAUGUGCCACUUGGCUAAUAAUGUGCUUUCAAAAUUACAAGUUCAGUGAUGACAGAAGAGGGCCCCGGUGAUCCCACGGAGGCUGGCAGAACAGGCGAAUCGCACGGAAGCACCAGCAGGUUAAAAACCUGACAGGGUGGCCCUGACAGUUAGGACUGCAGGUUUUACAGCAUGCCACGUGUGCAAUAUGAGGUCCUCGGUUGAAACUUGCAAGAUCGAGAAGGGUGUUGGAAGGAGAUGUUUACUGCUCAAAUGCCAUGCAUUUCACUGCUUGCCACUGAACUUGUAUUUGAAUGACUUGGUUAUGCUUAAUGUAAUUGGGCAACUUUUUUAGCACUUUGGAAAGAGUCAUCAAUCUUUCUGGUAAAUUAUAAAAAGUUUUCUGAGUGAGAAAAGGUGUGUUUGGAGUUUGUUUGACUUUUUAUAUUAUUAUUAUUGUUAUUAAUAAAGAAAAAUCUACAGCAUUUUUGAGACUCCACCGAGAUAAUAUAUACCCCCGAAUUUGGUUUGCAGUUCGAUACUCAGGGAAGGAUUAUUCCAUAGAUAUCCUUUCCGUGUAAAACACUAACGUCUUUGAGAAAUUCACCUGCCAACUAACUUCAAUUCUGUUUUCACUAUGCAUUCUUCAAUGAAAGCUAGCUUAUUUGUCCAUAUAGUACUGCAGUUAGAGUUCUCAGCACUUUCUUGCUUCUAUCCUUUUUUUAACUCCUCAUAUUAUGUUCAGAUGAUCAUACUGUCAAGGUUUGUGUACAUUACUGAAAAUUUGUAUUGUAUAAAGCUUUUUGCAUUACAAGGCUGUACAGGGUCAUUUUGACAGUAACUGGUAUAUUUCUUUGCAUCUUAUGUUGCAUUGCCAAUUUCUAGUGUAUCCAGUUUGGAAGUAUAAUAUACUCUAAUUAAAACAAAAAAAAGGUUGGCUAUA